ACUGCACUGCCUGUUUAAUGUGGUCUGGGUGAAUAUCCUCUUUCUACUUUGCAUUUGUCUCUGAGGCCCAGUAGUGCAUGGUAUUCAUGCAGUUCAUAUUAACUGUGUAAAGUGGAAGGAAGAGCUUGAACACAUUUGUUCGAGUUAUUAUCUUAAACUGCAGGCAAAGACGUUUCCACUGACUUUUUCUGUCACACGAGCUACCUCCUUCACGAACAACGCCCUGAGAGAAAACUAUGAAUCUUAGAACAGCUGCAAGAGGCUUUGUAGCUUUCCUUCUGUCAGUACCAGCAUUACAGGGUGACUCUAACUGGGCAGUUACUUACCCAUCUAGUAAUAUCUGCGCUUUGAGGGGAUCAACAGUUGAAAUCUGCUGCAAUUAUAAAUACCCUUAUUAUACAGUGGAGAAAGAAUUCUGGUUUACUAAUGAGCCAGUUGAUCUGAAAGAUGAUACAGACUAUGCAGGUCGUGUUGAAUACCACUGUGGAGAUCCCAGCUGUAACUGGUUUUACAGCAGCUGUACUGGAACUUGUACACUGAGAAUCAAAGACCUGACACAGAAUGACGCUGCUGAAUACAAGUUUAGGAUUACAACAAACAAAGGAGGGGCAUAUAGUGGUGUCCCUGGAGUGAAGUUAUCUGUGACAGAUCUCCAGGUGAAAGUGGUCAUUCCUCCUUCCAGUCUUAACAGGGUACAGCUGGAAUGUCACAGUAUGUGUCAUCUUACUGGUUAUCCUACAUACAUCUGGUACAGGGAUGGAACUCAACAACAUCAAGGAAGGUUCACCUGGUUCAACAUUAACUCUGAAUACAGGUCUUCAUGUGCUGUUCAAGGAUCCGAACAUCUCCCCUCUCCAUCAGUGUACGCUCCAGAGACCCCCUCAGUGGGAUGGACUCCCCCUGGUGUAAUAAAGGAGGGCAGUUCAGUGAAUCUGACCUGCACCAGUGAGGCCAACCCAGUAGCAAAGUACUCCUGGUCCAAGGUUACUACAGGUCAUCCCCCCGGACACAGUGUCCAAGGACAACAGCUUUCCUUUCAUCCCAUCCAGUCUUCAGACUCUGGACAGUAUCUCUGCACAGCUAAGAAUGACCUAGGGACAGAAUCCUCCCCCAUCUCUAUUGAUGUGAAAUACGCUCCAAAGACCCCCUCAGUGAGCGUGAGACCCCCUGGUGAAAUAAAGGAGGGAGGUUCAGUGACUCUGAGCUGCAGCAGUGAUGCCAACCCAGCAGCUGACUACACCUGGUUCAGGGACAACCAACCUCUGCUCUGGGAACCAAGGCGACCUUAUACCUUGGACCCAGUCAGCUCUAAAGACACGGGAACGUACCACUGCCAAGCAGAGAACCAAUAUGGAUGUCUCGGCUCCAACUCGGUUUUCAUAGAUGUCCUGUGUGAGUGGAAAACAAUAAAGCUACAAAUACAAUUUGUAAUAAUAAUUGCUACGUCACUCGCUAGGGAAAGGGGAGGCAACAUAAAGGCAGAUAUUUUUGGUAAAGUAAAAUAAUGUAUUAACAAGGAAUUUUUACUUUCAACCACACAAACAAAUACACAAAUAGAGGAGGUAAAACUA